CCAUCGCCUUUUUACCGACCUCCCCUGGACCCCUUCCCUCUCUCUCUCUCUCUCUCCCCCACACAUAAUAAAACUCCAUCCGCAUCACCUCCCACCCCUCAAUUAUCUUCCACCCAAAACCAGAACCAAUCUCCCUCUCUCUCCUCCCCCUUCUCUCUCUCUCUCCAAAAACCAUACCGAUUAACCUUCAAAAUUAUCAUGGCACAGAGAACCGAGAAAGAAGAAACCGAAUUCAAGGUCGUCCCCGACUCCACAACCACCGCCACCACCAUAAUCCUGUGCGUCAACAACUGCGGCGUCAUCGCCAACCCCAAGACCAACAACAUGUGCCAGAACUGCUUCAACUCCACCACCUCCUCCUCCUCCGUCAUCGUGACGUCACAGAAACCGAGAUCCAUCUCAUCGCGCUCGCCGAAGAGGUCUUCCAGUCCGGCCGAGGCCGUACGGAUCCCGACGGCGCAGGAUCCGACGGAAGGAUCGAAGAGGGAGGUGAGCCGGUGCUCCGGUUGCCAGAGGAAGGUGGGGUUGACCGGAUUCCGGUGCCGGUGCGGGGACCUGUUCUGCGCGGACCACCGGUACUCCGACCGCCACGACUGCAGCUACGAUUACAAGGCUGCCGGACGGGAGGCGAUCGCAAGGGAGAAUCCGGUGGUCAAGGCCGCGAAGAUCGUCAGAGUUUGAUUGAUUAUUGAAUUAUGAAAUUAAAUGAAAUGAAAUUCGUGUGAAAUGAAAUGGAAUCCGGAGAUCCGAGAGGUCUCUCUCUCUCUCUCGCAGACGAGGUCGCUGCAACAGAUGUAAGAGAAAAAGAAAGUAAGGACGAGAGAGAUAGAUUCACGUGAUGAAGAUAAAUUUUAUGAUGGAAGAAUUCUAGUUUGUGUGGUGUAUUAUUUCGAUCCUUUGUGUCUAUAAUUUGCCUCUAUUUUGCUUGAUGUUAUUUGCUUUAAUCAAAAGUGAACUGUAGCCGGUGACGAUGAUGAACAUCUGCUUUUCGUCCA